AUGCCCCUAACAUUACCAACAUGGUCCAUUGAUGAAGACAUCUACAAAGGGUUCUGGAUCAAUCAAUCACUUGGUACAGUCCGUGGCGCGACCCUAACACUUGAUCGUCAAGCUGGUGGUCUGAUCAUAGCCUUUCUCGCUUUAUUUAUUGCUGCCACAGCGCGUAGUUUCUGGAAGAUCACACGAUUUUUAGUCUGUGCCAUUGAGUCAACCUCCGGUGAGCAGGAUGGUGUCUACCACCAGCGACAGGCCAUUUUGCGUAAUCAAUCGCUAGCACUCGAUGCCGUGCUGGAUCUGUGUCCACUCAGCUAUGUUUGGCGAGAUCGCGCCAAGAGAAGCCAACAGCGAAUACUACCGGUUAUCCUAAUAGCUUCUGCUAUAUCCGUUGCUUCUGUUGCUGCUGGUCUUUUGUCCUCGAGAAUUUUGACCAACUCGAAUCAAGAAGUUUUGAUAGCUGGCCGAAAGUGUGGGGUGUAUGACCGUGAUCCAGACUCCCAAGUGUCUCUCAUGGAGCCCAUCAUGCUUUACCAGAGUCAGAAAUCUGUCGACGCCUUUACAUAUUCGAUGCAAUGCUACCGCGAGGGCGACACUGCUCAGAACGGGCUAUGCGAAACGUUUGUAAGACCAACAUUGCCUUUUACGUCAGAUAGAAAUGCUUCGUGUCCAUUUGCUAGGGAGAUUUGCAAGUCAGGUAUUGGUAACAUCCUCCUAGAUUCAGGAGUACUACACUCUGAGAAACACCUUGGCUUCAAUCAAAACCCACACUUUACUCUUCGCCAUCGGACACACUGCGCGCCUUUGAAAACAGCUGGCUUCACUGACACUGUCGUGGCCUCAAAUGACUCCCAGACUCGACAGGUCUAUCGAUAUGGGAAUACAUAUGGACCCGAGGGCAAUGAAAGCCAUGUCUUCGCAGUUGAUAUUAGGUCCAAAAGGCCGUCAUUUGAUGGCGUUACUGUUGGUAACUACAAAGUCACAGCCAUGGCAACGGCCGGUUCAGAAAUAAACAUUGAGCUCAUACCAGAACUACGGAAACCAAAUGCGACCAUUUCCUUGCUAUUUCUGGAUUCCUCGGAAGUCGUAUACGUCAAAAAGACCGAGGAUCCUUGGUUCUCGGCUACAAGCUUGUUUAAUAGUAGCUUUUUGGUUUCCAGCGCGAACAGCAGAGAUUUCUUUGUUGCUGACGAACCUGUCGGUGUACUGGGCUGCGUAACUCAGAGGUUAUAUUGCAACCCGAACCUUCCCGAAAACGUUGGAUGCAUUGAUGGUUUCGCAGCAUUGAACGAGCAGUCUUCGUCGGGCUUGUUCAAAAGCGCCUGGCCAAACGCAAAUGAUCAAUCUGCGAUGCGCGCACUGGUGGCUGCACUGGGCAUUCAAGGCGCUGGCCUGUUAGAUUACUAUUAUAACAUACCACACUCACCAACUCUUCUAUCACGCAGUACCAUACUGGGUAAUAUACAGGUAGCAGCGAUACCAAAGGACCGAUGGCAAGAGGAGCGCGAAUAUCUAUACAAAGCGAGUCUCGCUGGUAUACAAGCUAGGAUGGUCGAGCAUGCUAGAGGAUUUGAUAUUAGCGGGAACCCAUUGUGCGAGGGUGAAAAGGAAUGCCGUAGGAUAUGUCAUAGUCAGAAAAUGCGCUCUUCCAAGCACUAUUCUUUCAGCGCAUGGACCUUAGGUGUGAUCCUUAUUGUAGGAGGCAUGCUGAUGCUCACAUCGACAUUCGUGGAGGAACUUUUCGCCCUUUUUUUACGAUAUCCGCGCCUAUGCAGUGCAAAGUUGGUAUACAGCUACUGUGAGUGGCAAGCCGGAUCCACCUUACAGCUGCAACGCCUAGCACAUGAGAACCUCGGUCUUGGAACCUGGACGCGCACGGAUGAGGCAAUACCAGUUACUGAGCCAGGAGACACUCUGGGUGUACUGGACGUCACCAAAUCGAAGCACGUGCGCAUGGUCAUACCGACCGGGGAACUCAACCGAGUCGACUCUGUAGCAGCGCCACUCAAGCGUGAAUCGCAAACAGACUCAUGA